CCCAGCUACCCGUUUGGCAGGGCGGGGCGCCUCGCGAAGAUGGUGGCGCGCGCGGCGUGUGGCUCCCGUCGUCUGUCCAAGUCUCAGCACAGCGCACCGGCCAGCAUCUCGCUGGUUUGGAGCGCCCGCCCGCCUGGUCCCUGACCCCGCGCCCCCCAUACCCAGUUCCCAGCAUGCCCCGCGCCCGUAAGGGCAACGCGCCCCGCAAGGGCGGCCAGCGCCGUGGAGGUGCCCGGAGCAGUGCCCAAGCUGACUCAGGUUCCAGUGAGGAUGAGGCAGCCAGUGAAGCCCGCAGCACCACCAGUGACUGUCCCAGCCUUCUCAGCACCACAGCAGAGGACAGUCUGGGGGGGGAUGCCGUGGAUGAGCAGGGCCAACAGGAAGACCUUGAGGAAAAGCUGAAGGAAUAUGUGGACUGCCUCACAGACAAGAGUGCCAAGACCCGGCAAGGAGCUCUAGAGAGCCUGCGCCUGGCCCUGGCCUCCCGCCUACUUCCUGACUUCUUGCUAGAGCGCAGCCUGACACUGACCGAUGCCCUGGAAAAGUGCCUCAAGAAAGGGAAGGGCGAGGAACAGGCCCUGGCUGCUGCUGUUCUAGGCCUGCUGUGUGUGCAGCUGGGCCCUGGACCCAAGGGUGAGGAGCUGUUCCACAGCCUGCAGCCCCUGCUGAUCUCUGUGCUUAGUGACAGCACAGCUAGCCCUGCUGCCCGGCUCCACUGUGCUUCUGCUCUCGGCUUGGGUUGCUAUGUGGCUGCUGCUGAUGUCCAGGACCUGGUCUCUUGCCUUGCUUGCUUGGAAGGUGUUUUCAGCCGGUCCUGUGGCACAGGUGGUUCCACAACUCCUGUGGUCCCUGCCAGUCUUCAUGGGCUGCUUUGUGCUGCCCUGCAGGCCUGGGCAUUGCUGCUCACCAUCUGCCCCAGCACCCAUAUUAGCCACAUCCUUAACAGGCAGCUGCCCCGGCUGCCCCAGCUCUUGUCCAGUGAAAGUGUGAACCUGCGGAUUGCUGCUGGUGAAACCAUCGCACUACUCUUUGAGCUCGCCCGGGACCUUGAGGAGGACUUCGUUUAUGAGGACAUGGAGGCACUCUGUGGUACCCUGCGCACUCUGGCCACUGACAGCAACAAGUACCGUGCUAAGGCUGACCGCCGGCGCCAACGCUCUACUUUCCGUGCUGUGCUGAACUUUGUUGAGGGCAGUGAAUGUGAGGAAGAGACAAUCCGCUUUGGACUUGAAGUGCUCUAUGUGGACAGCUGGGCUCGGCACCGGAUCUAUGCUGCCUUCAAGGAUGUGCUGGGUUCCGGCAUGCACCACCACCUUCAGAACAAUGAGCUUCUUCGUGACAUCUUUGGCCUGGGCCCGGUGCUGGUGCUGGAUGCCACUGCCCUGAAGGCCUGCAAAAUUUCACGCUUUGAGAAGCACCUGUACAAUGCUGCCGCCUUCAAAGCCCGGACCAAGGCUCGAAGCCGUGUAAGGGACAAGCGGGCAGACAUCCUGUGAGGCGGACCAGCUGAAGAGAAGACUACCCUCACUGUUGCCCAUAUUUUUAACAGAAGAGAGUGCAAGAACUGGUCUCUGCCAGUGAUUGUCACUUUAUUUUUUUAAUGGCAAAACCAAAAACAUAUAGGGUGGAUGGGUGAAGGAAGGGUCAGGACUUUUGGGACCCUGGCCUUUGUCCCUGCACUCAACCCUAUGGCCUCUUCCUGCCCUUUCUCAGGUGAGGCCAAAUGUGUGCCUCUCCCAGGGUAGUCAGUAGGGAAGCUAUCCCUUCCCUCCCUUUCCUUUUUUUAGGCCUUGUUCCCCUGGGGUGACACACUUUCUUUGGGGGACUGGCAUCUGGACAAAUGCCAUCAGAGUAGGUGUGGAAGCAAAGCGAUCUGGAAUGGAUUUGUGCAGAUUUUUAAAGAUUAUAUAAGAGAUAAUUAAACAGAAUGCUCAGCUU